AUGGCUCGUAAGAUAACACUAAAAAGAAAAACUUUUGCUGAAAUUGUGUUAGGAUUAUUCAUGGGAAUAAUUUUAUUAUCUUUGUAUAGAUAUAAGGUAUUAUCUUGUGUGCCAUUGGCAGGUACAUGUUGUCGUACAGUCCAUGUAAACUAUCAUGUCAAUUUUGGCGUUGAUCAUCUUCAAUUAACCAAUAACCAGGCUAUACCAAAAAUUGUAGUUGAAGCCUUCGAUUUAAACAUUAACAUCAACAAAAAUGACAAAUAUUUCCUUCUAAUUGGUGUGAUGACAACAAAGGAAUAUCUUGAUACCCGAGCUGUUGCAGCUUUUAAUACUUGGACCAAUUCUUGUAGUGGAUCCUGUAAAGUAAUCUUUUUCUCCAGUGAAGGAUCAACUACUGAAAAACAAAUUCCGCUGGUUAUUGUAGACGGUAUGGAUGAUUCUUAUCCACCUCAGAGAAAGUCUCUUUUGAUGUUGAAAUACAUGCAUGAUAACUAUAUCAACAACUUUGAGUGGUUCAUGCGUGCAGAUGACGACAUUUUUGUAAAAGGAGACAAAAUUGAAAAGUUUCUACGCCCUUUAAAGAGCUCUGUUUCCCAUUUCAUUGGCCAAGCUAGUCUCGGAAAAAAAGGAGAAAAAGGGAAACUGAACAGACAUGAAAUAUAUUGCAUGGAAGGGCCUGGAUUUCUGUUCAGCUACACAACCUUAAGGCAAGUUGGUCCACAUAUUAACAUUUGUAUUAACAAUUUGCUGACAACUCAUGAAGAUGUUGAAGUUGGAAGAUGUGUACGCAAAUAUGCUGGUUUAUCCUGCACCAGGUCAUUCGAGAUGCAGAGUUUGUUUUAUAAAGAAGAGAAAGUGUCAUUUAAAUCAACACGUAAGGACAAAGCUGGUAUGGAGGCAUUAACUAUACACCCCGUAAAGGAUCCACAACAUCAGUACAUAAUACAGACAUAUCGUCAUUUCUCUCAUAUACAAAAUCUACACCAGAAAGAGCUUUAUUUACAAAGAGAGAUAACUCAAAUUGAACAAAAUUUAGGCAUUUUGAAACCAACUGAUAGUAUUACAAGACAAGGGAUGAUGCCUUCAUUGACUAAAUAUAAACCAAAAGUAAGAGAUGAAGUUUUGACAUGGGACUUUCUGCAUAAAUCCAUCAUUUCUGAUCAUAACUUAAAUCCAAAACGCAAUAUAAAUACACCAUUAAAACAUGUUUUAGAAGACAAUAUCAAUCAAGUAUUACAACUCAUGAACACAAAUCUGCGUCAGAAAGGGGAAACAAUAGAUUUUAAAGAUUUGUGGUUUGGAUAUUGUAGAAUAAAUCCUCUUCAUGGUGCUGACUAUAAAUUAGAUCUGUUAGUUACGCACUGCAAGCUUAAAGGGGAAGAAAUGACAAACCCCGUAAGAAAACAUGUAUAUCUUCAUCAGACAUUUAGGGAAGUAGAAUUCAUUGAGGAUCUUUCGACAGCUUCCUCAAGCAUUGAAUACAAAGCAUCAAAUUCGCCUUUUACAUUCAUCAGCUUGGGUCAAGGUAGACAAUCAUUGGAAAUCAUUCAUUUCAUUUUGCCACUGGCUGGCAAAGUACCUGUAUUUAAAAGAUUUAUGGAAAACUAUGAGGAAGUAUGUCUCAAAAAUAAGGAAAUGACGCAGCUUCACAUUGUUGUGUUCAAUAGUGAGUCAGAUUCAUCGUCAGUUAAAUCUGUAAUCGGUAUGGUUCGUCAAUACCAAAAAAAGUACGCUGGUGCCGACAUUGAAGUCAUUUUUGCAGAUGGUCCAUUUAAUAGAGCGAAGGCUUUGGAUCUUGGUAUGUCUCAGUUAAGUGAAAACUCUCUACUUUUCUUUAUAGAUGUUGACAUUUUAUUUAAUAAAGACGCGUUGUUAAGAAUACGUUAUAAUACAAUCAAAGAUGUACAAGUGUAUUAUCCUAUAGUCUUUAGUCAAUAUAAUCCAUCAUUAGUUUGUUCCAAUUCUGACUCAUGUGACACUAAAUGGACCAAAUUAACAUCUGAUCAUGGAUAUUGGAGAAGAAUGGGUUAUGGCAUGGUUAGUACCUACAAACGAGAUCUCAUAUCUGUAGGUGGGUUAGACACGUCCAUUGAUGGAUGGGGGAAAGAAGACGUUGCCCUCAAUACAAAGUUUGUUGGAAGUAACUUAACGAUAUUUCGUAGCAUAGAUCCCAGGUUAGUCCAUGUUUACCAUCAAGUCAUCUGUGAUCCUAAACUGAAGACAGACCAGUAUAAUAUGUGUAAAACAACAGAAAAAUCGACCUUUGGAUCGCAACGGCAGAUUUCUAAUAUUGUAUUCAGUAUAUCGGAUAUUUUAAACAGGAACGAUAAGGAGAUAAUGUUACGUCAGUUUAUUAGAUAUUUUUUAUUUAAGAAAUAAUUCAUGCAAGUUACACAUUUGUUGAAACAUUUCGUACAGGUACAGCGCCAUGUCAAACGGAUAUCACCAAUAUCAGGCAAGACAGUAAAAGCAAUAUUCAUAAAACAAAUAAAGGAAUGCUAUAACACGUAAUUAAAAAAACGUCAGUAACCUGUAUCUUACUACAAGACUUAAGAAUUUAUGAGGUUGAUACGACAUAUUAAUCAACAAGUAUAAAAAAAGAAGAUGUGGUAUG